AAGAGGUCGUCUUAUCCUACUCCUAGCCUAAGCCUCCUGUUUUGAAUUUGGUAUCGCAUCGGCGGUUAUUUAGUUAUGACGCGGGAUUUUCUUGAGCUUAAAUUAAAACACACAUUCAAUGCUAAUUGCUGGUUGCGUCGGCGCUGCAAACAAGCAUGGUGAGUUUCAGAUCCUCGCUGCAACGACUCUCCCAAAUCGGAACUCGCCUCGCCCAACGAACUCGUCCUAACAACAACUUCUUCAUCAAUUCUCUUAAAGAAGCUGCAGAUGCUUUGUCUAAGUUACAACAGUCUGGUGAGCCGCAAACGCCCAAGGAAGUACAAGCUAUUAAGAAACAAGAAGAUGCUUUGAAGCCACUGAUUGAUGCUGUGGUUUGUCGCGGUCUACUUUGUCAUCAGGAUAACGAUGUCAAGCUUCUGGUUGCUAUUUGCGUAACUGAACUAUUUAGAGUCAAGGCUCCUGAACCCCCUUUUCAAGACCAGCAUUUAAGGGAUGUAUUUAAACUCAUCAUUGGUUUGUUUGCGGAACUAGCUAAUACUGCAAAUCCGUUCUUUUCAAAAAGAGUUAAAGUAUUGAAUACUGUGGCUCAAUUAAAUUGUUGCGUGUUAAUGCUGGAGAUUGACUGCAAAGACCUUGUUCUUGAGAUGUUCAAUGUUUUCUUCUCAGUUGUGAGAGAUGAUCAUGAUGAUCGCUUGAUUAAGGACAUGUCUUCUAUGAUGAGAAACAUAUUGGACGAGAGCGAAGAUGCUUCUCAGGAACUAUUAGAAGUGAUAUUACGAAAUCUUAUAAAGCUAAAAAAAGGUGCAACUCGCGCUUCUUAUGAACUUGCUAAAUCAGUAAUCAAAACUCUUCCUAAAGUGGAUGAUGAGCUGAAGCCCCUAGUUUGCAAGUUUAUAUCUUCUUGUAUACAUGACAAAGACGCUGUGGACUGCAAGCUUAAAGAAUAUUACCAUGAAAUUAUCUUUGAAAUUUUUCAGUGUGCACCUCAUAUGCUUGUUCCGAUCUUCCCUAGCUUGAUUAAAGAGUUAGAGGAUGAUCAGGUUGAUAUUCGGUUAAAAGCUGUUAAUUUGGUGGGGAAACUUUUUGCAAUUCCUGAACAACAUGCUGCACAGAAGUUUGGUGAUCUCUUCGAGGUUUUUUUGAAGAGAUUUAAUGAUGUAUCUGUGGAUGUAAGAAUUAGUGUUCUAAAUUGUGCCAAAGCUUUCUAUGAGGCGAAUCCUUCUGGGAGUGGAUCACUUGAAAAAUUUAUCACUUCUGUUGAAGGUCUAUUAUCUGACCCUAUUGCCCAAGUGAGGAUGCAUGCGGUUGUUGUAGUUUGUGAUAUUUGCAGUUCAAACUCGCAGUGUGUUCCCGUGAAACUAAUGGCUGAAGCCAUCGAGACACUUCAGGAUGAAAAGAUAUCUGUUAGAAAGAGGGCCUUGCAGAAGUUGAUGGAAAUAUAUCGAGAUUAUUGUAAGAAAUGUUUUGAAGGAAGCAUGAUAAUUAAUGAUGACUUUGAAGAGAUUCCAUGUAAAAUUUUAAAGCUUUGCUGUGAUAACGAGUACAAAGAGUUCAGAUCACAGAGCAUGGAAUUGAUUCUUGCUGAUAAUUUAUUUCCUGAUGAUCUUUCUGUUGAGGAAAGGACAAAUCACUGGAUACACAUGUUUUCUCUUUUCAGUUCUUGUCAUGAAAAGGCACUGAAUACUAUUUUGAUUCAAAAGAGAAGGUUGCAGGAUGAGAUGAAAACCUAUUUGGCUAUACGGAAGAAAUUAAAGGAAAUUUGUGCCGAAGAAAUACAGAAGGAAAUAAAAAAUGUGUUUACAAAAAUAGCUGCAUCUUUCUCAGAUUCUCACAAAGCAGAAGAGUGCCUUCACAAGUUAAACCAAAUCAAAGAUAAUAACUUUUUUAAAUCUCUUGAAAAAUUAUUGGAGGAACCAACUUUCACAAAAGGACGAACCAUCAAAAAUGAACUUCUUGUAAUGAUUGGAGACAAAAAUCCAAAUUAUGAAUUUUUUCGUUCACUCUUCUCCAAAUGUUCAUCUAACAUUUUCAGCUCAGAGCACGUCAAGUGUAGUUUAAAUUAUCUUUCCAAUGAUAAAUGUAUAUUUAAGGACUUGGAGGAUUCUGUUGGAAAUCUUCUGCUGGCUAUUGCUAUAAUUUUCCCCUCAAUGCUGAAAGACUCGGAAGAGAAGUUUCAAAUGUUGUUGGAGCAUACAUGUCCUGUAAAUGACACACUGAUUGAGAUUAUAGCAAAGGAAGGUCCUAACAUUUCUUUCAAUCUGAGUGGCAUUUUUCCAUUUCUAGAGAGAAUGUGCUUACGUGGAACUCGCAGACAAGCCAAACUUGCAGUCUCUGCUAUUGUCUCCUUGGGUUUUGAAUACUCAGUUGUCUCAAAAUUAGUUGAGAGACUAAUUUAUUCUUUGAAUAUCCAAUGGAAUGUCACAACAAUUACACAAAAUCUGGGAUACACCGCAGAGUGCUCAGUUUCUUCUUUUGAAACACAAGUAGAAGAUAUCACAUCAUGUAUAAGCCAGAAGAUUAGUCAAAUGGAGUCUUUGGAUGAUAGUGAUCUGACAUCCUCGUAUAGUUCCUCUCCGUGCAGCAAAUCUUGUCAAUUGAAGGAAAAAAAUUAUUGUUUAAAUUGCCAGUGGAAUGUUCCAACAAUUUUGCAAUCUCUGGGAUGCAUCGCACAAUGCUCCGUUUCAGAACUUCGAUCUCAAGUUGAAGAGAUCAUAUCAGAUAUAUGCGAGAGGAUUAUUAAAAUGGAGUGUUUGGAUGAUGACGAUGAUGAUGAUGGUGAUGAUGAUCAUGAUCUGAACUUCUUGCACGAUACACCUAAGUGCGGCAAAUCGUGUCAAUUGAAGAUUUAUGGGCUGAAAACACUAGUAAAAAGCUUUUUUCCUGACCAAGGGAACCAGACGAAGCAGAACAUUAUUAAACUCUUGGGUUUUCGCAAAAAAAAAGAAGAACUCUUGGAUAUUUUAUCAAGAAUGCUACGGAAAAGUGAUAGUUUUGUUAAUAGUGAAAAGGAUAAGGCUCACAUCAGAUUAGCUGCUGCAACGGCAAUUCUUCAUCUUGCUAAGAUGUGGGAUUUUGAUAUCACUCCAAAACAAUUUCGCUUAACUAUUUUGAUUGUAAAGGAUUCUUCAUAUUUUGUUAGGAGCAAAUUUCUCAGUAAAACUCAGAAAUUGCUGAAGCAGCGUAAACUACCUAUCAGAUUUGCUUGUGCUUUUGCAUUGGCAACUACCGAGAGAAUUGACAAUCUGCGGUUUCAAAACUAUAAACAUAUGGCAGAGUUUAUUAAGGAUUACAGUAUACCAGCUUGCAGACGACGACCUUCUUCUGUUUGCUAUUACCCUGAAUACAUUUUGGUGUUCUUGAUUCACGUGCUUGCUUGGAGUAACGACUUUCCUGAAGCAAAUCUAAAUGCAGAAGUCUAUGCUGACAUUUCCAGACCACUUUUCUUUCUCCUGCAAGCAUUGGUUGAUAUCAGUAUUGUUCGUGACCGAGAGCUUGUUAAUGACACUGUCUUGUAUAUAUUUGCCAUUUUUCGACGAAUCGAAAACCUUGAGGCUGUGGAUUCACACACAACAACCAUUAAACUGCACAAGCUGGCUGAAAUUGGCAUGUUCACUUUAAAGGCAUUAUAUCCCGGUGAAAUUUCUGUAUCACAAGCCCCGGAACAAUUAUCUCUGCCUCCGUCAUUGUAUAAAGCUACUUCAAAAUUUCCGGAGUCCUUUUUUUAUGAAAGUUUUCUAAGUAGAGUCUUUGACAUACUUCAAAACUCUGCUGCCUCUCAGAGAUAUGCUCAAAAGCCUGUGAACACACUUCGUCGACCUGCUCGCAAGGAUCAACAGAAUGUCCCAAGGUUCAAAGUUAAUGUGAAGCGAAAUAUAUCUUCCAGCAAACCAGCCGGUUCUCCAAUGAGAGACAUAACAAAUGCUAAUAAUGUGAAGCCAGGUAUAUCUUCAGAGAAAAGGAGAAAACAUAUGCCUACGUCUGAUUCUGGAUCAAUACGUUUGCAUGAAUCCUCUCCAAUUGUGAAGCAACAAAAUUUACCAUCAAAACAAGUUGAAAAUACUCCUGAAAGAAACCAGUUUUCAUCUGGUGAUUCUGCCAGCUGUAAGGAUUCUCUAGUCGAACCAGGUGUGACAAGUACUAUCCAUACUGUGACAAGUAGUAUACAUACUGAUCCAUAUUUCAAACGCCCUAGAACCAACACCGAAGAUACAUGUGGCUCUAAGGAUGAUCUUUCCGCUAAGCAUUCAACAUCUUCUGUUGAGCAUGUGGACUCUUUGCAUCGAGAUACACAUGUUUCACAUUCGGAGUCAUCAGACCUACCUAGAAAGAGUGCACGAUAUACUAAUCAGUCGCCCAAUCCGCGCAACUUCCCAAACCAAGACGAACUUCCUCUAUUUAUGCAUCAAUAUUUUAAAGAUGUGAUUGAUGUUGCCGGAGAUGGACACUGUGGAUUCCGUGCUGUUUCUGGACUACUUGGCCGGUCUGUUGAUGAAUAUGACACCAUCCGUUUUGAACUUAGAAAUGAGUUAAACAAGAACCGCCAAGGUUAUACUAGUAUGUUUGGGACGGAGAAACGACUCAAUGACAUUGAGUAUGCCCUGACUUAUGCUGGGAUCGGUUACACUAAUAAAUGGAUGAUGAUGCCAGAUAUGGGGUUUCUUAUUGCACAGAGAUACAAAUAUGUUGUAGUAUUACUUAGCAGGUUUGGGUACUCAGAAACAUAUUUUCCAUUAGAUGGUGCACCAAAAGACCCCGAACAACUCAUGUGCCUUGGAUAUGUGCAUAAUAAUCAUUUCAUGCAGAUACAUUUGAUGAACGGAUGUCCACUACCUCCUACAAGUCCACUGUGGGAAAAACACCGUCGACCAGAUGCAUCAAACUGGCCGGAUAGAUAUGUUCAAAGGAUGAUUUGGUAUACUGAGCUAAAUCGUGUUCAUGGUGGUGGUGGUGGUGUGAUAGUUGAAGAUGAUUUAAAACCUCAAGAUGAUAAAAAGGUUGAAGAUCUUGAGAAAGAUAAAAUGAUACAAAGUUUGAAGAUGGUGUAAAAAGUGAAAUUAUAGACCAGACCAAAGAUCAGUUAAAAUGUAUAUGAUUAGAAUCUUAAAUGAUAUUUCGAUAUAAGAUGAAUGGAAUACAAAAUGUAUAUAAUUAUAAAACUAAUCAUAUAUAGAAUGAUAUUUUGAUAGUGAACUUACCUAUAUCCA